GCAGAACCGGCCAUGGCCAUGGCCUCCACGGCUGCCUUUAUCAGCAGCGCUUCGCACCCGCCGCUGCCGUCGCCGCUGUUCCCGGCGCGCUGCUCCUCAAGGUCUCCGGGCCGCAGAUCGUCUGUCCUCCGAGAUCUGCACGCACAUGGCCGCCGCCCUUGCCCGCUACGCGAGCUUCACGACAAGUCUGCUGCGCCGCGCUCUCUGGGACUCGAGCAUGGACUCGAGCACGCCAGCUCGCGCUGCUGCAGCAGGCGCCCCAGAGAGCAGCCCUACCGCGUUGCACCUCCUCGGCAGCCAUGACACGCCCGCCGCUGCCAAAGCCGCUCCCAUGCCGCCCAUCCUGUCUCCAGCCGAGACUCGAGUCAACCUCGACUGGACCAGAGACCCCCCGCCGCCCUCUCUGACGCCGUUUCAGCGCUUCUUCCGCGGCGUCGACUGGGCUGCUACCGACUUUGGACCCAUGAGCAGCUGGCCACGCGACCUCCGCCAGAUGGUCCGCUUCAUGAUGGCCGAGGCCUCGCCCACCAUCCUGUACUGGAGUGACACCAACUCCAUCAUGUACAACGAGGCCUACGUGCCACUCGUGGGCACCAAGCACCCCGCGAUGCUCGGCGGCCGAGCAUUCGAUGUGUUCCCGGAGUUCUGGAGCGACUUCGAAAAAGUCAUUGUCGAACAGCGGCGCCACGGCCAGACAGCGUCCGGCGAUGCUUCCAUGCUCUUGAUGCAACGGCAUGGCUUUCUCGAGGAAACUUACUUCAACUGGACACUGGUGCCCUUCAUCGGCGACGGGGGUUAUCAUAUCGGGUGCUACGGCGCGCCCCUCGACAUGACACGAGAUGUCAUUGGGAAGCGACGCCGCGAGUGUGAGAGCCAGCUUGCUCAGCAGGCCUCGAGGUCCACCACCAUGCCCGAGUUGUGGGAUGCGACGGUGGCUGCUUUCGGUUCCAACGACAUGGAUGUCCCGUUCGCCUUGUUAUACUCGGUGGACAGCCAGGUUGGGGUCUCUACUUCUCCAAGUCGGCCAAGUUAUGUCUGCCAACUCGAGCGCGCCAUCGGAGUUGCCGCGCCGCAUCCACUGGCCCAAGAGUAUGUCGACGUGCAAGACGUCGCGCAAGGCGCCUUUGCGGCAGCCAUGCUCGAGGCGAUCAAGACUCGAACAGUGCAGAUUUUCGAACCCAGAGACGGGCAACUGCAGGGUCUCCUCCACGGAGUCAGCUGGAAGGGAUUUGGAUUACCAUCCUGCCAAUUCGCCGCCGUUCCUGUCUUUGUACAUGACAAUGUCUUUGCCGUCAUUGUCAUUGGUCUGAACCCACGUCGGAGGUACAACCCGUUUUACAGAGAGUUUCUGGACACGAUUGCGGACAUUAUUGCGCCACAAAUACACCGCAUCCGGUUGUCAGAGGAAGUCAGUCGCCGGGCGGAGCUUGCUAGAAGAGCCACGCUAGCAUUUGAGAAGAGCGAAGACAGGUUCUCGCGCUUCGCUGAGCGCACAAUAGUUGGCCUAGCGACUAUUGAUAAUGAGGGAAAGGUGGUUUAUGCCAAUGACGCCUUGUGCAGGUUCGCGGGCAUGGACCCGGCUAAUGCGUUCAAAGUCCAAGAUAUCGUCACAUCCGAGGACCUCGAGCUCCUCGAGGAGUGGAUACGACUAACGCUCGCGCAGAAGAAGGGUGGUACAUUCCAGAUACGUUCCAAGCAGCCUUUUCGACAAGGUUCCAUGCAUUCCGAACACCGAACCGCGAUCUGCGCCUGCUACCCAGACCUCAACGAUGAUGGUGAGGUUGAUGGGAUGAUGAUUUUCAUGAUGGACAUUAGCGAACUCAAAUGGACAGAAGAACAGCUCCGCACAAAGACGAAAGCGCUUGAAUUGUCAGAGGGUAAAUACCGCAAUUAUGCGGAGCACUGUCCCCUGGGCAUUGUCCGCACCGACGGCGAAGGUUACGUCCAGUUCGGCAACGAAGCGUGGCAUAGCUACUACAGCCUUGAACCUGGGCAGGAAUUGUCUGACCCACAACCUUGGUUACCGUUCAUCAUCGACGAAGACGUCGAGCCAUGCCAGGAGUUCUUCCGUAAGCUGCAGCAUCACUGCGGUCCUGAAGCUGUGGAGUUUCGACUGAAAGAUAAGCCGUACAUGGUUUCCGAAGGUGGCGAAACCAUCAGCAAUGACGCGUGGGUUCUGGCGACCGGCUUCACAGCUUUCAAAGAGGACGGCACGGUUGACUACAUCGACUUCUGGGUCAUGGACAUAAGUGCGCAGAAGAUGACCAACAAGGUUCUGACUGAGAAGAUGGAGGAGGCGCUGAGGCUCAAGAACCAACAAGAGCGGUUCAUGGACAUGAUCAGCCACGAGAUUCGCAACCCGCUCUCAGCCGUCCUGCAUUGCGGAGAGGAGGUUGUCGAAGCCAUGAAAAACGCAUCCGCAGUCCUCGAAGCGUCAAUACCUUGUGAGCUUGCCACGCCACAAUGGGCUAUGACAAGGACAGCUCUCAAAUUGCAUAUCGCCAGUGCGCAGGAAGCCGCGAACACUGUGCUGUACUGCGUCCAGCACCAAAAGCAAAUCGUUGACGAUGUCCUCACAUUGUCGAAACUCGACUCGAGCCUCUUGGAGGUAGCCCCUAUCCCGGUACAGCCUAGGGAGUUUAUACAGGCGUCGCUCAAGAUCUUUGAACGAGAACUCAAAAUGACCGACAUUUCGCUCGUGCUCAUCGAAGACGAAUCCCUACAGCACAAUGCUGUGGAUUGGAUCCUUCUCGACCCCAACCGAUAUCUCCAGAUUGUUAUCAACCUCGUCACCAACGCCAUCAAGUUUACAAGAAAGUCGGACACUCGAAAGAUCACUUUGACACUCGCCGCGACGAGGGAACGCCCAAAACCAGUGCAGCUUGGAGUCGAAUACGUCCCACAUAGGUAUGCUGAAGCGCCAAUCGAUGCCCGGCGUGCUUCAAAUCCAGAAAUCAUACUGCCAGAGGGUGCUCAGAACGAUAUAUUUCUGGCCCUGUCUGUCACUGACACGGGCAAAGGCAUGACGGAGAGCGAGAUGGCGAUGCUUUUCCAACGCUUCGCACAGGCUUCUCCCAAGACACACAUUGAAUAUGGCGGAUCUGGGCUUGGACUUUUCAUAUCACGUCAGAUCACGGAGAUGCUCGGUGGGGAGAUUGGCAUGCACAGCCGUCCUGGUCUCGGCUCGACCUUUUCUUUCUAUGUCAAGGCACAGAGCAUUCCGCCACAAGUCGUCCCCUCUGCAAAGCAGGAGCCGACGAAACGGGCCUCUUUUGCGAUAAGUCACGCCCCGGACACCGGGGUUAUGACACCUCCACAGAUGAAGGAGCCACUCCACAGUCCCCUUCUCGGGACACAAAGCCUGGAUGGGCUGAGCCGACGGGUGCUGGUAGUGGAGGACAACGUCAUCAACCAAAGAGUCCUUUGCAAGCAACUGCGGAACCACAACUUUCUUGUGAAAGCGGCAAAUCAUGGCCGGCAGGCACUCGAGACGUUGAUGGAGACGUCAGAUUCCAAGUCGGAACAUAUGUUCGACAUCAUCCUCUGCGAUAUAGAAAUGCCCAUUAUGGGCGGGCUCGAAUUUACUAUGGCGGUGCGCAGCCUGGAAACAAAGGGGCGCCUUCCUGGGCGCGUGCCCAUCAUUGGCGUCACGGCCAAUGUUCGCCAGAACCAGGUAGUGGCCGCGCUUGAGUCGGGCAUGGAUGGCGUUACGACGAAGCCAUAUAGAAUAUUCGAGUUGAUCGAACACAUUGAACGCCUCGUGCCUGUAAGAUCAUCUCUAGAGAAACGAUUAGGAGAGAACGGGGAUGUCGUCACCGAGGUGCUAGAGCUCGACCUGCAGUAAGCUCUGUGGUCCUUGUUCCUAUGUAGGCUACAACAUGUGUUGCUAUAAAGGGCGACGCUGGGCCUUAGGAACGGCUUCAUGGGGCAUGACUGAAUAGUAGGGGCGGGGUUUUCUGGCGUUUCGGGUAUAGGGAGGCAUUGAUGAUGAUUUUAUUCUUGGGUAUGGCGCGUUUGCCGGGCACAUGGCGUAACUGGAAGCAUGCCUGAACUUUGGCAAUGACUUGGGUGGCAGAUAUCAUGUCCUGCAUAGCGCAUCAGGUGUAAACGAAGAUCAGAAAUACUGUAUUGUCCAAAUUGUCUUAUCAUAACUCUUGAUUUCCCGCGAACUUCUAGGUCCAGAGC